AUGUCGUCUUGUUGUUUAUUCUACUAUAUUGGAAUUGUNGCCCGGCGCCCCGAGGGGCAGUUGGCGCUGGGCGCGCUCUUCAAGGGGGCUUGGGCGAGACCGGCGGCCUUCCGGGGGGCGCGGGAGGCAAGGAAAGGCGGAGAGAAAGGAAGUCUCGGCUCCGGCGGGCGCCGCGCGCUGGCUCCGGCGGGAGCGGAGACUCAGGUGGCUGUGCGGCUACCGCUGGUUUCGGUUCUGCUGCGCCGCGACGGGCCGCUGCCGCUCUCUGCCGCCACCGCCGCGCUCUGCGCCCCUGGCCUCGUGGGAGGCGCCCGCCCAGACUUCGCCCGGGCCACCUUCCCUCCUCCCUCAGCCACCCAGCUGUUAGUAACGGAGAAAGAGGAAAAACGGGUGGCGCUUGAGGGGCGGACGGGGGAGGGAAAGGAAGAGGGACGCACGCUUCCCGGCAACCGUCGCCGCGCUGCCCCCGCGAAAGAGGGGCGGGGAGCGGUCUGGGCCACGAAGGUGGGGGUACCCAGGAGGGGAGGAGGCUACCGGCCCUCGCACCGGAAGGCCGGGGAGCAGCGAGUCCCCAGGGUGCGCCGGGGCCUGUGUGUUUGGGUCGCGCACGGUGACCCCGCCCCCGCCCUCUGCCGCCCGGCGGAUUGGCUCCCGCCAGCUUGGCCCCGCCUCCCCCUGCCGCGGCCUUGCAGGCCCGGUCCCGCCUCGCCAAGGUACCGUAGUGUGGUAGGUGCUGCCACCCGCGGACUCGGUGAUGGACAGGUCUCUGGCCCCGCCUCCCUCCAGGGCGCGCCCCCUCCUCCACUGCGGGGUCUAAGCCAAUUGGAAGGACUGAGGCCCGGGGUGCCAACCAGAAGGCGGCUCCUCCUCCCGCACGUGGCCAUACGACGCAGUAGAAGACAAUUGCUUCCCUCCCCAGAGAAAGAGCAGAACUCCUCGAGGAGGCAGGGAUCUGGCAAAAGGCACAGAGAAGUGGGCCAGAACCAGUAACAGCAACUCUGGCAAAAGUCCUGCUCCAAGCUGAGACCGGCCUGGCGCCUGCAGACUGUGCUCCCAGCUGGUCAAGGUGAGCGUCGCGCUCACCUGAACGGCAGAGCACGCCAGUUCAAGCUCCAGGUCCUGUCGGUGGAAGUCAGCUCUAGAGAAGACCAUGGCACCCUGCCUUCUUCAGCUUGAUCGUCUCUCCCCCUUCACGUCCUCAUGCUUUGUCAUCUGAUUGUUAUUUUUCAAAAUGAAAAGCGCUCUACCGGAUUUUCUGUUUAUGAAAUGAUGUAAACCCUUUGAAGUAAUUUUAAAGCAAU